AUGGAGGAAAUCGUAUUUAAGUAUGAGUCCGAGGAGUUGCAUACACCUAUUUCAUCCGAUGAUGAAGGUAGCAGCAGGAGAUUUCCUGAGUUUGAUGAUAAAUAUGCUCACUGUGAGGGGAGAUUUGAGUUAGGAACCAGAUUUGCUACUAUUGAAAGGUUUAAGGAGGUGGUAAAGGAUUCCUUUAUUGCUGAGAGGAGGGAGCUGAAGUGGAUAAAGAACGACAAGGAGAGGGUCAGAGUGGGUUGCAAAGAUGAGGAGUAUCCAUUUCUGGUUCAUUUCUCCUACAACAAAACAUUACAGUAUUAUCAAGUAAAGACGUAUGUGCAAGAACAUACUUGUGCAAGGGAUUUAGGGAAUAAUGCAGCUGAUCAGCAUUGGCUUAGCAAAAAGAUUGAAAAGAGGAUGGCAACCCAACCCCACAUGAACACCAAGGAGGCAACUGAAUUCCUAAGGGAGGAAUUUUUAUUGUGUUCCUACCCUAAGAUGGUGUACAGAGUAGUAGUGGAGGCUAGGGAGAAGAUCAUGGGCAAUGAGAGGGACCAAUACAAAAGGAGCAGGGACUACUGUGAGCAGAUUCUGAAGAGCAAUCCAGGUUCGACGGCCAGGUUGGAGCUCAUGCCAAUUCCAGAAUCACCUCCUAUAUUCGAUAAAUUAUACAUAUGCUUGGAUGCUUGUAAGAAAGGGUUUAAGAAUGGGUGUAGGCCUUUGUUGCACUUAGAUGGUUGUUUUUUGAAAACCUACUACAUAGGUUGGCUUCUAGCAGCAGAAGACAUAGGUGACGAUGCCAGCCGUGGGUGGACCUUCAUAUCGGACCAACAAAAGGGUUCACAUGCAAAGCUCUGCAAUUGCGUGAUGCACAUGUGGAAGAGUUUCAUAAAUCGCUUCGAGGACUUGUACAUUAGAGAGGUUGUGUGGGAGUGUGCUAGAUGCACUGCUGUUGCAGAAUUCAAAGAAUAUAUGGAAAAGCUGAAGCAAGUGAACCAUGGGAUUUGGAAAUACCUCAGCAAAUUUCAGCCAGAAACUUGGGUUAAGGCCUAUUUCUCCCAUGGGCCAAAGAUUGAUAACCUUACAAAUAACAUGUGUGAGGUUUUUAAUGUUAAGAUAGUGAAUUACCAGACCAAGUCCAUCCUCACCAUGUGUGAAGAAAUCAGGUGUUACCUGAUGAGCAGGAUGGUGAAUCACAAACGAGUCCUGGACAACCACACUGGAAAUCUGGCACCAGUCCAGCAAAAGAGGAUGGAGAGGUUAGUCAAUAUUAGCACUAAGUGGAUGGCUAAAUGGGUUGGUGAUAACGAAAGAAAAAGGUUUGAGGUGAGCCGCAAAGCAAGCAAGGUUGAUGUGGACCUUAUUAAGUACACUUGCUCGUGCAACAAAUGGCAACUUACUGGCAUGCCUUGCAUACAUGCGCUUGCUGCCAUUAGGAAGAGACGUGACAUGCCACAGGACUAUAUGCACCCUUAG